GAUCAGUAGUCAUUCGAUCGCUAGUUAGACCACAACAUAUUUACUCUCUGAUUAGCUUCUUACCUGCUGCACGAGCGAAAAACGUUUCACUGGCCAUGGCUGCUGUUGUUCCCACUGAAACCUCCGCCGCCCCCGCCUCCUGGUGUGGGCGCGGUGCCAAGCCCCGAACCUUUGAAAAGGAACCGCCAGUCAUCUGCUAUGACAAGCCCGCAGCUUCGAUCGUUUCGAAGGAGGAGUAUGAUAAUAAACGUUAUCGUGCCCUGACUGGCGAUCUUGUGGAGACACUGAUUGUGCCCAAACGGGAGGCACGCACCUGGACAAUGCAAGAGGGUGAUUUGUGCCGCGUCACUGUCCACGAAGGUUCUCAGGUGGGCGACAUGAACUUUUGGAAUCUGGAGAACACCGCCGAGCGCUUCUACUCGGGCAAGACGCGCCAGCUGCACUCGUCGCAUCUGCGCGUUUACGAUCGUCUGUGGAGCUGCCUGCCCCACCUGCGUCCCAUGGCCACCUUUGUGUUUGAUUCCCUUGCCGCCUAUGGCAUCGAUGAGGAUGGCGGUGCUCUGCACGACGUAAUUGGAACACGGUGCGACGACUACACCUACAAGCUAAUCACGGGCAAGGAUCGGGUGGGCAGUUGCCACAGUUCCCUAGUCAAGGCGGUGGUGGAGGAGCGCGGGCUGACCGAGCAGGAUGUACACGACGUGUGGAACAUCUUUAUGUGCACCGGAUUUACACGGGACACGCAUCAGUAUUUCUGCAAGGCAAGUCCAGCGCGCAAGGGGGAUUUCAUUGAGUUUGUGGCCGACAUGAAUCUUCUGGUGGCUCUGAGCGCCUGUCCACAGGGCGAUGUCUCCAUCGCAGUGGGCGCCGAUGUGCCGGACGACAAGUGCCACCCCCUCAAGGUCGAAGUGUUCCGUCGCAAGUAAACAGAACCAUUUUCAUUCCGUGUGCGGAAAUCUGGUUCUAACAGCGUGCCAUUUAUGUAAACAGUGCCAUAGAGAUGUGCAAGAUCAUCUUCCGUAUUGAUGACGAAUUAUCAAUACAAAUAUAUUACUGCAAUAAUU